UAAUUAAGUAAUGGUAGAAGUAAGACACAACCGUCAACCUUUCCCUGUUAGAUGGCUGUUGGGCAACAAGGGAAACGAAGUUACAAAAAACCUUAAACGCGAAAGAGAGAGAGUGGGGGAGAAAAGAUGUCUUACCUGCUACCGCACCUGUACUCAGGGUGGGCCGUCGAUCAAGCCAUCCUCGCCGAGGAAGAACGUGUUGUCAUCCUCCGUUUCGGCCAUGAUUGGGACGACACCUGCAUGCAGGAAUUCUUGCGGAUGCAGAAUUGCUAAAAGAAGAGAACACUCAAGUAAGGGUGUAGGGUAAACCAUUCUAUUGGAGAGGAUCCCAACGCUGCGUUUUGAUAGGUUUUAUGAGUAAUUUUAGUUAGCAAUAUGCUCGAUGGCGCCGACUUUGCGUGUCGUCAACGCAUUGGUCUUAACUCUACCGACAUU